CUCCGCGCCAUGGCGUCCUCCCGCCCGCUCGCGCUUUUGCUGCUGCUCCUCGUCUGCAGCCCGGCCGCUACUGCCGAGUCGAUCCGAGAGACUGAGGUCAUCGACCCCCAUGAUCUCCUAGAAGGCCAGUACUACUCUGGAGCUCUACCUGACGAUGAAGAUAUUGGGGGACCAGGGCAGGAAUCUGAUGACUUCGAGCUGUCAGGCUCUGGAGAUCUGGAUGAUUCAGGAGACUCCAAGACCAUCCUUGAAAUGAUCCCACCCUUGGUCCCUCUAGAUAACCACGUCCCUGAGAGGACGGGGCCUGGGAGUCGGGCUCCCCCUGAACCCAAAGAACUGGAGGAGAACGAAGUCAUCCCCAAGAAGGUCUCUCUGCUUGAUGGGGAGAAGGAUGUGUCCAACAAGGUGUCCAUGUCCAGCACUGCCCAGGAGAGCAGCAUCUUUGAAAAAACGGAGGUCCUAGCAGCUGUGGUUGUGUGCGGCGUCCUGGGCAUCUUUUUUGCUGUUUUCCUGAUCCUGUUGCUGGUGUACCGCAUGAAGAAGAAGGAUGAAGGCAGCUACGACUUGGGCAAGAAACCAAUCUACAAAAAAGCCCCCACCAAUGAGUUCUACGCGUGAAGCUUCCCCACAGGCACUGCUUGGACUUGAGUGGGGAGGGAAGCCAAAGGAUUGUGAAUGGUGGGCAUUAAAGUGAGGGGAGGGCACCUUAUUCCUGACCCGUCAGUGUCUCCAGCUCUGGUCACCUUUCCAGUGUCAGAAGCGAUAGCAUCUUCUACUGUGCUGCAUCUCUUUUCCUGGUUCUUUGGGCCAAAGUUAGUUGCCCUGAUAGAAAAAUGGGGUUAAACUCGGCUUUUCUGAAGGCAAGCCAUGGAUUGGUUCAUUUAAAAUUUUUUCCAGCUUAGAAUCUAGCAUGUUUAGAGCUUGUACUGAACAUGCCUCAUCCGGGGCUGGAGGGGUGACUGAUAGUGUGUGGGCCUCUGCCUUCACUCCCCUCUCGCAGCCCGUCCCUCUGCCUGGAAUCAGGAGAAGGAACCACAGCUGUCUGCGCCCUGCAGUGUGUCUGUCCCCAGGUACUUGUGAUCACACUGCAGGACUCGGGCAUAUCUCGGGCCAUGAGGCUCUUUCAAGUGACUUUUGGAUAUCAACAUUUUUCUUUAUUAUUAUUUGGGAAGGGAAGGGAGAAGUACUGAAAGCUCAUGCUGAAACGGAUUUGUAGAUUAUCUGUAAAUCUGGUUUUUCUUUUUAAUGGUUCAUUCCCUUGUGUAGAGUGUCUCUGCACAAGUGUGGAGGUACAGAGUUAGUCUUAAUGCUCAUGCAUUCCCACAGCACCUGCUAAGUUUGUAUUUAACAUUUUUGUUUUGUUUUUGUUUCUUGAAAAUGAAACAGAGAUAUGAUUUUUAUUAAU